CAAACCAUUGACUUUCAACCCCAGCAAACCACCAAUUUCUCUGUCGCACACAUAGGAACUUUUUCUUUUCCAAACAAAAGCUCAACACGCAACUGCGAAUUUCUUCGAUAAGCUAAACAGAAAAUGGAUUCCUCAUCUCUUCAGCAAACCCCGGAUCUCUCCAAGUUGUCGGAUAGAGACAAGCAGGAAUUGCAACAGUUUAUUGUGAAUGAGACGCAGAAGGCUAGGAUUCAACAGUCCGUCCACUCCCUAACCGACGUCUGCUGGAAGAAAUGCGUCACAGGCAGUAUCCGCAGCGGUAAACUGGAUAAGAAUGAAGAGAGCUGCACGAUGAAUUGUGUGGAGAGGUUUUUGGAUAGUAGUAUGGCGGUGAUUACGCAUUUGAAUACUAUGAGGGCGAAUGGGGGGGCUUAGGUUGGAGGUA